UUGCCACCACCCGCACCACCACCCAGCCCCAACAGGCUCCUGCCCAGCACAACCCAACUCCCACCAUGCCUGGGCCCGCAGCCCCAACACCAACAGCCAUCCACAGCGCCCUGGCGCUCCUGCUCCUCCUCACGCCUCCCGCCAACGCCUUCUCCUGCAGCCCCCUGCGCCUCCACGACAGCGCCUUCCCCUGGGACAGCCUCCAGCUCCUCCGCGACAUGGCUCCCAGCCCCACGCAGCCCUGCCUGCAGCAACACGCGCUUUUUCACUUCCCGGAGACCCUCCUGGACACCAACGACACACAGCAAGCCGCACACACCGUCCUCCACCUCCUCCAACACCUCUUCAACAUCCUCAGCAGUCCGAGCAUUCCUGCGCACUGGCUCAACACCGCACGCCACGACCUCCUCAACAAGCUCAACCACUACAUCUACCACUUCGAGCGCUGCUUCCCAGCCGAGUGGAUGCGCUUCCACAGGCGAGGGCCCCGCAACCUUCACCUCAGCAUCAACAAGUACUUCAGGAGCAUCCAACACUUCCUCCAGAACCACAACUACAGCCCCUGCGCCUGGGACCACGUCCGCCUCGAGGCUCACGCCUGCUUCCAGCGCCUGGACACGCUGAUACGGCGCAUGAAGAGCCGAGCAUCUCCCAGCCUCUCCCAAAGCCAUCUGCGCCUUACGACUGUCCCCAGCCAACGCCAUUGGACACCGAGCAAGAGGCAGCAGCUGCAGCACAGACGGGGUCGGCUCAGCACUGCUCAGCCCUCCUCCAGUCACAAGCCCACAGCGGCGGGGAAACAGCCGUGACUGCGCCAAGGCCAGGCCCGGUCCUGGCUGUGGCACAGCGCAUCCAGCCAUGUGGUGUGCACCAUGGACACUUCGCUGCAAUGGAAUGUGGAAGACACAGCUAUGUCACACACCCGGGGGACAGCCAUGAUGCAAUGGUGACAGGCAAAGAAUUUAUUACCCAUGGGACUGUGUUGCCUAUCUGGACUGCAACCUCCCCUGACGGAAGGGGAAGGUGUCAAUGGGCACUGUGGGGACUUGGACAUGUCAAUGACUAUUUAUUGCAGAACUUUAUUUAUCACGCCUUCAUUUAUUUAUCCCCCCUUUUAAUUUAUUUAUUCAUCCUUAUUUAUUUGCACUUAGUAUUUAUUCACUCUUUUUUCUGGAAAUAAAGAUUUUACAUUUUAUAAAAAAGAUGAGAAGUGGUGGUCAUCUCUCACAGACCCCAUGGGCAUAGGUGAGCUCCCUGAGGCCAGCAGAGCCUUGCCUCCUGCAGCCUGUCCCACUGAUGGCCUCUGUCACUGGUUGAGGGCUCUGGGCUGCUGACUGCUACCAUGGGGCUGUCGGGGAGCAGCACCUCUCCUGAACCCACCAAGCCCAUGGGCAUCUCCCACCAACACCAGACCCUAAUGGUGCAUGCCUGCCCUGAAAACAUGGCACCCGCACCACACACUUCUCAUCAGCCACCACCCACCUGCUCCCUUCCCAGUCCUCUCCCACUGCCAAGGUGUGAAAGCCACCUUCAUGUGCACCCCAAGACCAACACCCCAUCACAAUCAACCUUCUGGCGAUGCCACGGGGCUGCCUGGGGCUAAAGAGGGAGGC